AUGGCUAAGCCGAAACUGACACUGUACUUCGACCUACACAGCCCAUACUCGUACUUGGCAUUUUACAUAAUCAAGAAUUCCCCCGUCUUCGAAGCCUGCGACAUAACAUAUACUCCUGUUCUGCUAGUGGCAUAUAUAAAUGCGGUCGGAUUGAAGCCACCUUGGAGCAGUCCUAACAAGGUGAAUUGGAUACAUACAGACGUCGCCAGAUGGUGUCGAGAAUUCAAAAUUCCCUGGAACCAAGGCUGGCCGGCGAACUAUCCGUUCAAAGCAACCACGCUGAAGGUACAAAGGGCGCUGGUGGCAACUUCCCUUGAAUGCCCCGAUCGAUAUCCGGAUGUGAUAUGCAACCUAUAUCAUGCAUUUUGGUGUGAGAAAAAGGGUGUACAACUGCCCGAGGUCCACGAACCAAUGAUUGCCCAAGUAGUCGGCAACGAAUUGGCCGCAAAGAUCCUGGUCAGAAGCACGUCAGAGGAAGUCAAGUCCCUCCUGAAACACAACACCGAAGCCGCAAUUGCAAGUGGAUCUCCAGGUGUUCCCUGGGUCAAGGUUGUAAAUGAAGAAGGGCGGGAGGAGUUCUUCUGGGGAUUUGAUCAUCUUGGACAGGUGGUGAAAUUCCUAGGCCUUCAGAGGCUGAACGGGUCGCAUCUGUGA